AUGAGCGAUGAGCAGUUUACCCCCAACUCGGACCCCGGCGACGACCGUUGGGCGGACUACGCUCUCCCCGAAGAGGGCGUCGCUGACCUCGCUGACCGGUUGGUGGAGUUCCUCCCGGAACAGGAUGAAAACGAUCCCCCGCUCAUCGUCGGCCAGAUUCUGGACGAUUUCAUUGACCAAUCCGGCGCCAUGCCGGAAAACCUGCGUGAGGAAGACGCCCACGCGGUGAUCUGCCAGAUGCAGAUGGCGGUCACCUUGGCUUACCAAUUGGGCCGGCUCGAGUCCCGUUCCCCGGAAAUGGUGCGUCGGUUCAUCCUUGAGGCCAUCGAAAAGUGGGAGGCGAAGCCCCUGUCCGACUCCCUCGACUUCGUUGAAACCGAUUUUCGCAAGCCCAAGGAAUUGGUUUUGCCCCGUUUGCGUCGCUGGUGGCAGGAAAACCUCGCCGCCGAAGACUAUUACUGGGACGAAGACUGA